UCCCAACACCGCGCGCGCGACAACCUCACACACCACACCAUCGCCGUCCACCUGCCAAAGCCGUCGCGAGCCCCAUAUACCUCAUUCAACACCCCGCACAACCUUCACCAUGGCCAACUACCUCGCCUCCAUCUUCGGAACGGAGCAAGACAAAGUCAACUGCUCCUUCUACUACAAGAUCGGCGCGUGCCGCCACGGCGACCGCUGCUCGCGCAAACACGUCAAGCCCUCGUACUCGCAGACGAUUCUGCUGCCGAACCUCUACCAGAACCCCGCGUACGAUCCCAAGAACAAGAUGAACCCGCAGCAGAUGCAGAUGCACUUUGAUGCGUUUUACGAGGAUAUCUGGUGCGAGCUGUGCCAAUAUGGACUGGUGGAGGAGUUGGUGGUUUGUGAUAACAACAAUGAUCACCUCAUCGGCAACGUCUACGUGCGCUUCAAGUACGAAGAAGACGCGCAAAAAGCAUGCGACGCGCUCAACUCGCGCUGGUACGCCGGCCGCCCCAUCUACUGCGAACUCUCACCCGUCACGGAUUUCCGCGAGGCCUGCUGUCGCCUUAACAGCGGCGAGGGCUGUGUCCGCGGCGGCUUCUGCAACUUUAUUCAUCGCAAGGAACCGAGUGCCGAGUUGGACCGCGAGUUGGACAUGUGCACCCGCAAGUGGUUGAAGGAGAGAGGUCGGGACGCCAGGAGUAUGAGCAGGAGUCCUACGCCGCCUGCGACGAAGGGUAGAUUCUAGAGGAGAUCUUCGGCCUCGGCUGAGGUGUGCCUGGAGAAUGGGGAUGUAUGAGUGUGAAAGAGAAAGGAGUUUUGGCGUUGGACAUGCUCGCGCUGUUUGGGACUGAGAUAUCCGUUGCGGGCAUGGCUUUGCAGAUUGGCAUUUGUAUUAUAGGCUGGGAAAACAUGCUGAAAAUAUGUUGAAAAAAUGCUGAAAGUGAAUGAUGCGCUGGACUAGAUACGUAAAAGCAUUCUUGUCAGUUCACAUCAGUCUCUCCCUACUACCAGGUCAUGCUCAAGUGAUGCGCAACACCGAUGGGAUUUCGCAACCGAAGGAAUCUACCCUUGAAGAAGUGGAAAUGAUGCCUAAGCAGAGCUGACAAUGCGGUUUACUCAAACCAAAGCUCCC